UGAUACAUCCGGUUCAAAAGGAAAACAGUCCUGUGUUUCUUCAUAUUUUGUUAUCGUAAUGCGUAGCAAAUACUAAAAAUGAAUAGACUCAGUUCAAUUUUUAAGACUAUUAUGUCCGUCGAAAGGCUAAAACCUCUUACAAACCACAGAUUUUUCAAGUCAAGAACAUGGGAAACCGGUGUUCCAAUGUUGGUUUUUAUAUUUGGUAGUUAUAUUUGGUUGUAUCAGUUUCAUAAACUGAAAUAUGAAAGAGGCAAGGUACAAAAACUUUCUGAGAAGGCUGAACUUAAUAUUGGUAGAUCAUUAAAGACCGAGGAUCUUGAAAAAGUAUAUAAUGAUGUAAUGGAAAAAUAUGACAUUCACGAUUGGCAGAAUAUCCGUGGUCCUAGAGAAGGUGAAAAUUCUAGAGAAAUGCAGGCAGAACAAAGAAGACAAUUUGGAACUUUACAGAAAAACACACUGAAAGACAGCUCUUUAAUGGGAAAUUUAAAGAAUAAAAAAAAUGAAUAGAAAAAACUUUUU